AUCUUAGCAGUCUAAGCGCGCCAAAGCAAGUUAAGUUGGCUGCGCUUGCGCUAACUAACAGCUAGCAGCUAACAUUUGCUAUUAAAGCUAUCGAGCAUGUUAAGUUAGCAGCGCGCGAGGAGACUAACAUUUGCUGUUAAAACUAUCGAGCAUGCUAAGUUUGCAGCGCUUGCGCUAGCAUUUCCAAUCGAGCAAUAUCUAUCGAGCGAUUAACAUGCGCUGUUAACUGAUCGUAAACAGCUGUCGGCUGCUGUAGAAAAAAAAGGCGCUCUAUAGAAAGCUGCGUGCGCGCAUAGAAUUUUGUUAAAUAAAUAAACAAUUGUUGCAGCUGAUUAAUAAAACAAACAAUUGUGCUUAAUAAUCAUAAAAAGUGUAUUUAAUAGCGCUGCAUUAAAUACAAAGUCUGUUUGAUCGCGUGCUUGUGUUCUUUGUGUGGAAAUUUGUGUUUUGUUUAUAAGUUUAUAACAAAGUGCGCGAAAUGAGCAAUGACAAAGUGAAAACAGUGCCAGAAGCUGAAGAAUCGGACGAAUCCUGUGACGAGUCGGCCAGUUAUACGACCAACAGCACCACAUCGCGCAGCAAAUCGCCGGCAAGCAGCAGCACGCGCAGCAAGCGUCGCGGUCGGCGCAGCAACAAAUCAAAGCUGCGCAGCGGUGCUGCCUACAAAUAUGACACACAUGUAAGGGAAAAUCAUGGCGCAAAUAUAUUUGGUGUAACCUUUAAUACGCUGCUGGGCAAGGAUGAGCCACAGGUGUUUGCCACAGCGGGCAGCAAUCGCUGCACUGUCUACGAAUGUCCACGCAAGGGCGGACUAACGCUGCUGCAUUGCUAUGCGGAUCCAGAUCCGGAUGAGGUAUUCUAUACAUGCGCCUGGUCAUACGAUCUGAAGACGUCGGCGCCACUGCUGGCAGCAGCGGGUUAUCGUGGCGUCAUACGUGUCAUAGACAUAGAACAAAACGAGGCUGUGGGCAAUUACAUUGGACAUGGUCAGGCUAUUAAUGAGCUAAAGUUUCAUCCGCAUAAGCUGCAGCUGCUGCUCUCGGGCAGCAAGGAUCAUGCCAUACGACUGUGGAAUAUACAAAGUCAUGUGUGCAUUGCUAUUUUCGGCGGCGUCGAAGGACAUCGCGAUGAGGUGCUGUCCAUAGAUUUUAAUAUGCGUGGCGAUCGCAUUGUUAGCUCCGGCAUGGAUCAUUCGCUCAAGCUGUGGUGCUUGAAUACGCCGGAAUUUCAGCACAAGAUUGAGCUCUCGCAUACGUUUAGUCAGGAGAAGUCAACGCUGCCGUUUCCAACAAUAACCAAACACUUUCCGGACUUUUCAACGCGCGACAUACAUCGCAACUAUGUGGACUGUGUGCAGUGGUUUGGCAACUUUGUGCUCUCCAAGAGCUGUGAGAACGCCAUUGUCUGCUGGAAGCCCGGACAGCUGCAUCAGAGCUUCGAUCAGGUCAAGCCCAGCGAUUCAUCCUGCACCAUCAUUGCCGAGUUUGAAUACGACGAGUGCGAAAUUUGGUUUGUGCGCUUCGGUUUCAAUCCAUGGCAAAAGGUCAUUGCCUUGGGCAAUCAGCAGGGCAAGGUGUAUGUAUGGGAAAUGGAUCCUUCCGAUCCGGAGGGCGCGCAUAUGACUACGCUGCAUAAUUCACGCAGCGUUGCCACCGUGCGGCAAAUUGCCUUUUCGAGAGAUGCCAGUGUGCUGGUUUAUGUUUGCGAUGAUGCCACCGUCUGGCGCUGGAAUCGACGCACUGCAGCGGCCAUUUAGAGCGCGCGCGUCGAACCAAAUCUCAUGUGGCCAAAAUUAACAAAAGCAUUUGCUUAGCUUAGUUUUAGUUAAGACAAACAAUUGUAAAAUUAGUUUAAGAAUAAUUUCUAAUGCGUAUUAAAUUUUAAAAUUGUAUAAAUCCAUUGCAAUUUAAAGUGCAAGGUGAAUGGCACCGUUUGCUCCUUGGGGCAACUCAAAUCAUUGCAAUUGAACAACAUUUGUAUGCAUUGGCUGCAGCCAAAAGGACACUCACGGGAAUCCCUUGGAUGAGUAAAAUAAAUGCGACCAAAUUGAAACUGACAACACACAGAGCCUCGACGACCGCAACUGCUGCAGCGGCUAAGCCAAGCCAAUUCAGCUAGAGCCAUGAAAGCUCCCAGCAGACUGAUUAAGUCAACAGCAGAAGCAAAUAAGGGCAUGGGAGCUGCAGACGUAGAGCAAAGCAAAGCAAUGAAGCUAUUUAUGCUCUUGAGAAGAUGGCAACUAAUUUAAAGUGGCGCACAGUGGCCAAAAAUAAUUAAAGUAAAUUGCAAAAUAUAUUUUUACAAAAUUAUAUUGAAUAGUUAUUAUUAAAGCAGCCAAGUAUACGCGCACA